AAGCUAUACGCAUGGGAAGAGCCUUUCCAGCAACGCGUGGUAGACGUGCGGAAGAACGAGAUGGAGAUGCUGAGAAAGAUUGCCUUCUACUUCAGCCUCAUGAACUUUGUUUGGAACUGCAUAUCCUUCCUGGUGUCCCUGGUGACCUUCAUGACCUUCCUGAUGGUAGGCUCGCACGGUCUGGAUCCCGUGACGGCGUUCGUGUCGUUGGCGCUGUUCAACACGUUGCGCUUCUCGCUGCUUCUCAUCCCGGACCUCAUCGUCGGCUCUGUAGUGUGCAACGUCGCAAUGGGCCGCAUGAAAGAGUUUCUGCUCAGUGAGGACGUCGACCCCAAGCAAGUGGGCAGCCAGCCGUACUCGGGUACGCCAUGUUUGGUAUAACUUGUGACGCUGCAACUCGCGAUAAC